UAGAUCGUAAGAGAGUAGAGGGUGGAGAGUGUGUAUAGUGUACCUGUGUUCCUACAAGCCACCUGCAGGGGCUGCACUCUGCAGGUGCAUCUGGUGCAUGCAUACUUCCGUAUAAUCCGUAUUCCUACUACUAGUACUACUCUGCUGCUGAUGUACAUGUAUAUACUAAAUUACAAUACAGUGUACAGCUUUGGAAGGCUGUAGCCUGAACGACGUUCAGUGAACAGUGAACGUUGGGUUGAAGGCUGGAAGUGCUAGAACUUUGAAAUCGACCAUUGCAGCUUAAUAAUUGGUGAUUAGUCGUCGAAAGUGUAACUCCAGGAUACAUAAAGAUCGUCCUUCUACGGGGGAAGCUAACGGCAUACACAAAGAGAGUUUACCAACAUUGGUGUGACCAUUAGGAAGUGCAGCGGUUGGUUUGGGUGUGCGUCGUCCAGUGCUCCAAAAAGGUGAAAAACGAAGUGCAAGGAGAAAAAAAACUCCAAAGAGAAGACGCUGCAACUCCGAAUGUGGCUGCCCUCACGAUUGAUUUCGAGAUCACCUGGGAAGAGUUAUUUCUAAGGGAUUAGUGUGAAGCAGUCAAAAUGACGUUGAACACAGAUAUCUCAACAGCUCUGCACUUGCUGGAGCAUGUGCAUGAGCGAGUGGAGGACUGCGAUGACCCAAAGUUGCAGCUACACACAAGCCAGGAUUUGCAGUCAUUGAUCUCCCUGCUCGAAGAUCCUGUAUUCCGUAGUAUUGUUACAAUACAAGAUUCCCUGGCAGAGCUGAACAAUCAGCUUGCCCAACAUCCAUCUAUUUUACCUGGUGACUUUGAUAUCAGUCUUGGAGGACAACUAGAACUAUCUGUUCCCAAUACACCUGUUCAGCCUGUUGGACAAGGAAUUUAUACUAAUCCAUAUCAAGAGAGUGAUGUUGAUGAUCAAAGAGUUUCAAUGGCACAAAUGCUGCAUAGCAGUAGUGAAGAUACUAGUGCACAGGUUACAAGUCCUAGUUUAACUUCAGAAGUGAUUGGGAUGCCUCCAAUAAUGACUCCAACGUAUGCUAUAGAAUUCCAAAAAGUUAUAGAAACUGCAGCCAAAGGCCGACAAAUUUUUACGAUUCAACUUUUCAAAUCAGAAGGGACAAGUCUUGGAUUCAGUGUUGUUGGAUUGCAAAACGAAGAUCGUGGUGAAUUGGGAAUCUUUUUACAAGAAAUUCAACCAAAUGGAAUCGCAGGAAGUGACGGUCGAUUGGUCGAGGGUGACCAGAUACUGGCGAUCGAUGGACAGCCCCUGGACUCCAACAUCUCCCAUGACCAGGCGAUUGCCAUACUGCAGAAGGCGAGGGGCCUAGUCGAGCUGAUCGUUGCAAGAAGCCCCCAAGACAUUGGGAGCUCUCUGGCGACGGAUGAGUUGUCCAAGGCGGCGGGUGCAAGCGCAGCGGCAGUCGGGGCCUGCGGAGCUGCAGGAACAGUCCCACAACUAUCAACAGCAGCAGCAGUAUCGUCUGUGCUCGCCCGUGGAAGUAGCAGCAGCCCUGACAGGGAAGCCAAGGUUGGCGUGGUGCAGUCGCAGCCGGCGACAGCAGCAGUGGUUGCCGCAACUGGACACACGACAUGGUCGUCAUCGGCGGCCGCUGUGGUGCAACCAUCGUCAGAGCCGGCGGUCCAGCAGCCGGCAGUCGGGGCUUCGGUGCCCGUUGAGAGGAGCAACUCUGCCGUCAGUGACGCUUCCAAGGGUGGUGACAUGGUGCUGAACACCGAAUGGGCGCAAGUGGAAGUAAUCAACCUGAUUAACGAUGGCAGCGGCCUUGGCUUCGGUAUCAUCGGCGGACGAAGUACCGGCGUCGUCGUCAAGACCAUUCUUCCCGGCGGAGUGGCCGAUCGCGACAAUCGGCUGCAGAGCGGCGAUCACAUCCUGCAGAUCGGCGAUGUCAACCUACGCGGCAUGGGUAGCGAACAGGUCGCCGCGGUGCUGCGCCAGUCGGGCACCCACGUGCGCCUCGUCGUUGCUCGGCCCGUCGAGCCAACCUCCCCGGACUACCAGAGCACCGUACUCGGGGACAAAAUCGGAGCACUGGGCAGCCAAGCUCCGAUCGUUCCGACCAAGGUCCUCGGCGACCCGGAGGAACUGGACCGGUACCUCCUGCGCAGCGGAGUCGAGCCUCACGGGGCCGUCGGUAGGAGGCCCCCCGACACCAGCUUCGACAACGGCAGCAUCUACGGGCCCGAGUCCGAGCUCGACUUGCAGAGCCGCUCGAGCCUCAUCAUGGACGUGGGGCGCAGUUCACUGCCGGUAGUAGUGACUAGCGCGGUGCCGAUCGGCGAGCUCGCUUACGAGCAGAUCGACGUCAAGGACCUGCCCGAGAUGGAAAAGUUUACCGUCGAGCUCAAGAAGGACAGCUGCGGGUUGGGCAUCACCAUCGCCGGAUACGUUUGCGAGAAGGAGGAGCUGUCGGGCAUAUUCGUCAAGAGCAUAAGCGAGGGAAGCGCGGCCGACCUUAGCGGCAAGAUCCAGAUAAACGACCGGAUCGUCGAGGUGAACCGGCACUCGCUCCAGGGCUACUCGAACCACGAGGCGGUCGAGGUGCUCCGCAGCACCGGCCAAACGGUCGUGCUUUGUCUCGAGAGGUACCUCCGUGGACCCAAGUACGAGCAGCUACAGCAGGCCAUCGCUGCGAGCGAGCUCAGAUUACCCCAGCCCGGCUCGCCCUCCAUUGCCAGUCUGCCCACUUUUCCCAUCAGCGCUGACGGCGACACGACCCUGGAAAUCGAGCCGGAAGGCGAGUCCCACACAACGGUCGACAGCGGGGUCCUGCAGGAGAUGGAUCGGGACGUUGGGCUGAUGGACGAGCUGCCCUUGAACGUCGAGGCCUUGCUCAGCGAUCCCUCGACCGAGUUGACGCCCAAGAUCGAGCUCGCCAUCAAGGCCAAGUGGCAGAAGAUCGUCGGCCCUGACAUCGAGAUAGUGGUGGCGCAGCUGAAAAAGUUUGCGGAAGGCAGCGGACUCGGGAUCAGCUUGGAGGGUACGGUCGACGUCGAGAACGGGCAGGAGGUGCGGCCGCAUCAUUACAUCCGAUCGAUCUUGCCGCAAGGACCGGUUGGACAGAAUGGCAUACUCAGAUCCGGGGACGAGCUUUUGGAGGUUAACGGGUAUCGUUUGCUCGGCAUCAAUCACAUGGAGGUGGUGAGCGUGUUGAAAGAGCUGCCGAUUCACGUGCGGAUGGUCUGCGGGAGGAACAUCGCCUCGCAGGAUCCGCUCUGUCCGAUCGACACUGCCCAACAUCAAGCGGCCUUCCAGACGAGGAGCAUACUGGGUGGCUCGCUGCAAAAUUUGCUGCCGACUUCGGAUCGUUUGGUCAAGGCCAAGUCGGACGGGUCGUUGGCCUCGACUACGACGACCGCGACCGUGACAGAUGCGAGCUUGAAUAAAAUGAAAUCUCGCUCCCUCGAGCCGCUGACCGGGCUUGCGAUGUGGAGCUCCGAGCCACAAAUCAUCGAGUUGGUCAAAGGAGAGAGAGGCCUUGGGUUCUCCAUUUUGGAUUAUCAGGAUCCAAUGAACCCCAAUGAGACUGUGAUAGUAAUAAGAUCCCUAGUGCCGGGUGGCGUCGCCCAGGUCGAUGGUCAGCUCAUCCCGGGCGACAGACUGCUCUUUGUCAACGACAUUGCCCUCGAGAACGCGACCCUGGACCAGGCGGUGCAGGCCCUCAAGGGCGCGCCCAAAGGUGUCGUGCGCAUCGGCGUCGCCAAGCCCUUACCCAUCCCCGAUAGCAUAGCACAGCGCCUGUCGCAGAUGUGCAUAGUCAGGCGGAGUAAGAGCCUGCCGGACAGCGACGCUACCGAUCACGCGGCCGAUCUCAACGAUUUCCUGUCCUCCCGAUCAGACGCAAGUGGUCCCGAGCACGGCCAGCCAAAGGCAACUUGCGCCGCGGUCGAGCCACCGGCGGUGUCGACGGACAACGUGGUCCUCGACUUCAAGGAGGUCCUACCGAGGACGAGGAGAAAAGACGAGGCGCUCUCGCCUCUGAUCAAGCUCACGCCCUUCCCCGAGGAGCAGAGACGGGCCCUUGUGAGGAUCAGUCCUGAUGCCACGCCGGGGGACGCAGGGCCACUUGGAGCAGGUGCCCCGGUCGAGCCGUCCAAGCGGCGCAAGAGCGACGCCGAGCUGCUCCACAGGCAGGACGAGGCUCCAUCGGCGAGCUCCCGAAGGCGCAGCCUACGCCAACAGGAAAGCAUCGAUCGGGUGGCCCGUUACCUCGACCAGCAGCAACAGCGCCAACGCCAGCAGAGCAGGAGCAACAGCCGCGAGGAGCUCGAGCCCACGCCCUUGGACGAGAGCACCACCGAGGUGGAGGGUGAGGUUACAGUUCCGAGGAGCGCGCUCGACGUGCCGGAGGUCGAUGGUGGCUCCGGCACGCCACCCAAGAAGCGCAGCUCCCUGAGGAGGAGACGCGAGGACGCGGAAGAGUCCGCGGUUAGGGAUGCACAGGACAAGGCAUCGGCGCUGCCGUUGGAGACUGUGAAGAAGACGGUGCGCAUCAGCUCGGUCGAGGAGGAAUUCCGUAUCGAGAGCUUCGACUCGGUGGACAUGGACGAGCUGUCGCAGCAGCCGUGCGCUGAGAUGCAGGAGGUCCAGCUUGUGACGGCGAAAAUAAUCACUGCCGAGGAGCUCGUUGAGAACAUGGCCAGGCGGGAGAGGAGUCCUCCGAGGGAAAAACCCGAGGCUCCGAAGGAGGAGGCCACCUCAGCGGAGGUCCGGCUGCAGGUCCCGGCACCGUUGAAGCCCAGCGUCUCGGAGAACGCGCUGGGGGGCGCCAGGCCCGACGAGAACAAGAUAUCCGAGAAAAACCUCGCGCCCGAGAUCCUCAUGGACCUGUCGCGCGUCUCGGCCGCCGAGCCGGGGCCCCUUUUCCUCGAGGAGGAGCUCCCAAGGAAGCGGAAGCUCAACCGAGUCUGCAGCGACAGCGCCGUCAAGUUCCAGCUGGGCGGCCACUCGGACGAGGAGGCGGCUUCGUCGAGCCACUCGCAGGCCGAUUUGACGAGCGUGGGGCUCGAUCUGGUGGAGGAGGUGGUCGCCGAACCCCCUGGCGGUGCCAGCAGAGGACUGGACGGCGCGACGGACCAGCGAGUCACGGAAGGGACGAGGAUCACGAUCAAAAAGUCGAGGAGUACCGAGGACGUGAGCCACUGCAUAGAUCCCGGGGACCCCGAUCAGCCACCGCUCUCGUCCGACCUCCGGCACUGCCUGUCCGACAGCUCGCCCAUCUCGGAGGGCCACUCUCGCCAGCGCCGGCCGGCCUCUGCGCGGCGCGCCACCUACCGCGCGAGCCUCAAAGCCGUCGACCAGCGUCUCCACGACCGCAGCAUCCGCGACGCCCUAGUCCCCAAGGAGGAACCCCCGCCGAACGAUGACUCGCCAAGGGACGACGAAAUCGCCGCCGCGACGAGGGAGGCAGCCGGCCGGCCCUCAGACCACAAGGACACCACUGGCUUGAUCGCCUGCCAGCGCCAGGACAUCGAGAGCCCCGUGUCCCUCGAGGAGCUUCUCGAUACCACAGACCCGAGCAGUCCAGCCCCGGAGCCCGAGACCUUCUACUCGUCGACCCAGAGCCUCCUGAGCGCGUCGUACAAGUCGUACGGCAGCCCGAGACGCGAGGCCGAGACCCAGACCCAGGGCGAGCACAAGUCGACCCAGUACGAGCUCGAGGACUUGGCCGAGUUCUUCGAGGAGGAGUACCCGCGCGGGCGCCUCCAGUCGCUGGUGGAGGAGCGCUUCGGCAGCCCCCGCCGCGAGGCCGAGGUGCAAACCGAGCAGGAGUCCAAGGCCGUGCAGUGCGGCAGCCCGAGGAGGGAGGCCCAGGUGCAGACGGGCCAGGACACCCAGUGGACGCAGUGCGACUUUGACGAGUUCGAGCAGCCGGUGGAGACCCCCGAGUCGAGGAGCGUAGCCACCCAGAGGGUCGGGGAGUUCUCGUCGCUGGAGAGCGCAUCGCCGACGAGCUUGUCGCCCCAGCCCGAGGAGGGCGGAGCCUCGUCCGUGCUCGUGUUGGUCAAGGGCGGCGGUGGCCUGAGCCGCACCCUCGACAUGACGGUCACGCACCGGGACAAGGACGGCAACGUCGUCUGGGCGAAGCACUGGGGCCCGGAGAGGCUCGUCGAGGUGUACCGCGAGCCCAUGACCAGUCUCGGGCUCAGCAUCGUCGGUGGCAAGGUUGACUUGCAAGAGAGCAGCAGCUCGACGCAGAACGUGUCCGGCAUCUUUAUCAAAAAUGUCAUACCACACAGUCCAGCCGGCAAAUCCGGAGGCUUGCAGGAACAAGCAUUUUUCUAA